GACCUUCAAGUGCUCGCAACCUCCAUCAGUGGACGAUACCCUUGAAGCGCCGUUUUUUUCAACAGGGUUGGUUACCUACUAGGAGAUACGAUCCCAAGUUUUUCUUAAUUUAAGGCUUGUGUUAUUGCUGUCUAUUACUUUCCUUUAUAAAUAUGAAUAAGGUUAUGUACAAUCCAGGACGUAUUCAACUGUUCAAUCUACUGAACGGAAUAUUAUGCGUUUAUAAAUCACCUGGGUUGAAUGUUGAAAAAUUAACCAGAAAUGUGAAAUGCUCUUUGGCAGAUGCUUUUAAUUCACUUCCAGCUGAGAAACAGUCGAUCAGAACGAUCAUUCAGACAUCCGGUGAUGUCAACUGUACUCUACCAAAAAUAAUUACAGAACCUGAUAUUGUUGAUAGUGAUCUUGGUACUUGAGUAAUGUAUUUCAUUUAUUUAUUUAUCUAAUUCAAGUAUUGGGUAAACGUUUUCUUCCAGGAGAUGUUAUGUUAUAUCCUAUUGAUCCCCUUAGUGAUUUUAUGUCUGGUGUGCAAGGUGAGUUUUGUGUUUAUUUAUGUUUGUUUAUUUAAUAGUCUAUGGUAUUGGAGAAGAUGGUAUUUACAAUUAUGCUGAUAAGUUCGAACAAUCUUCUUGGCUUAAAACCUAUCACUUAACAUGCAUGAUGGGACGUGCAUCAACUGAUGGAACAGCCAAUAGUACAACAUUACUAAGAGCUUCAUGGAGACAUGUUCAAAAAUGCAAAAUAGAUCAGGUUCUUGUUGGACUACAAACUCAAUUCAAUGCUUCUGGAUUAUUACAAGCAGGACUUCGUCCUAAUUCACAAAACGCAUAUCUAGCACUGUGUGGUCGUAGAGCUGGCAGUGAUCUUCGUCCGGUAAAACCCACACACGGCGUAGAAGAUUAUGAAGGAGAGGAACAGUUACUUUCACCAUGGGAACGUCCAAUGCCAGAUGAAAAUCGAAAUCCCGAAACACUACCUGAUCGUAAGUAUGAGUGGGAAGAAGAAAGAAGGCGAAUGGCACCUUAUGUAAAUGCGAUUUGUUGUGUGGAUUUUGAUCCUCCGUUUUUUACAAUUGAAAUUCAAGUUACACAUGAAACAUUGAAGUUUUUCACUGAUUUAGUUGCUAAUCUUGGUCCAAAAUUACGUACAGCUACUUUAUUAUCAAAAGUUAGACGAGUUAGACAUGGACCAAUCACAGCGGAAAAUUCAUUACUUAUGAAACAUUUACAUAAUAUACCUAUUGAAUUUUAUCAUGAAUUUAUUCAAUGUAUCAAUGAUCUAUUAAUACAAUAUAAAAAACAUGAUAAAAAUUUAUCUAUACCAUUAGAAAUGGAUUUUAUAGAAGAUUUGAACUUAUUAAAAUGUUUAAUGAAUCGUACACAAGGUAAAUAUGGUUAUCAUGUAUUUGAGAAUUUGUUUCAAUGUAAUCAAUUAUAUUCAAUAGGAUUUGAAUGUACUAAACAAUAUAAAUAUCGUAUGAUUCCAAUAAAUUCUUAAUUAUUAUUGAUGAUUAUUAUUUGUAUAUUCCUACAAUGUGUACAUAAUGUUUCAAUAUAUUAAUUGUAUAUA